AGAAGUCGGAGGCCCUGCCCGAUCGUCGACCGCCAGAGGACAGCGCGGUCGGCACGGGGCCGCAGCCGGUCAAGCUCCCCGUCGGCGGCGGCUACCCGGAAGCGCCCGCGGCCUCGACCGCGGCGCCCGCGUGGCUGGAGCCGCGCGGCGCCUCGGGCCGGCAGGGCGGCGUGCAGGCAGCGCGGUCCUGGAACAGCGAGCCCGCUCGUGCGCCCGCGUCGAAGGUCAAGUCGGCCCUGCAGCCACCGCAGGUGAGUCCGCUGUUUCCUCGGCAGCCAGCCGCGAUGCGUGGGCCCGGGCUGGCAGGUGCGGCGGCGGUAGGCGCUGUGGCCGAGUGCGCGAGGGAGGAGCAGGAGCAGAUGUGGCUGGGCCCGACCAAACACCGCCACGGCCGCGCCGAGCAUGGCCUCCCAAGUCGCGGCUGGCUGGAGAGGUCGGCCACCGGGAGUGAGCCUGCAGUCGCCCGCCGCGGUGCUAUCGAAGGCCCGGGCAUCAUUGCUCGGCACGGCCAGGCCUGUCGACGCGGAGCCGCAGACGUCCGCCAGCGGGAGCUGCCAGUUCCCGUCCCCGGGUUCGGCCUCGACGCCGGCAUGGGAGAGCAACGCGGAGGACUGUCGCGAGGACGUGGCCGAAGGCAGAAGCCCUGGCAGCAGCCGCCCCGCGCUUGCGGAGGAGGGCCCACAUCCUGGCUACAGCACGCGCGACAAGGCGAAGCUCGAGAACCUCAUCCGGCUGCACAUCCACAACGUCAGCGCCAGCACCGCGCCAGUCGCAGAGGCGGUGCCGACCCCGCAGGGCCUCGUGGCCGGCAGGCUGUCGCAGCCGCGGGAGGGCCUGCCGCCGCCGACGGGCCCUCCGCCGGGCCUCGCGCCGGGCUUCUCGUUCGGCUCCAUCGGGCACCCGACCUCCUGCGCUGGGCCGUGCAAGUACCUGUCCGCCAAGUCUCGGGGGUGCAAGGACGGCCAGGACUGCGACAGGUGCCACCUCUGCGUGUGGCCGCGCGACGGCCGGCGCAAGCAGACCUCGCAGGACGCGCCCGCGGACGUGCGCGCGGACGGAGCCUCCAAGCCGCGCGACGGCGGGCGGCGGCAGCAGCCAGGGAGCGCGGAGGGAGCCCCAGGGCUGGACGCCCCAGCCUGCGGAGAGCGAGUGCGGGCGGCGCGGGCCUUCGCGAGCGAGCCCCCGCUUGCGCCCGCGCCCGGGGCCCCGUCGGCCCUGCAGCUGGUGGGCCCAGCAGCGUGCGCGCAGCCGGCCGCCAGCCGCGGGCCGAAGGCUCCGGCGGGCGCGGCGGCGCGGGGCGACAGGGCCGAGUGGACGAGGGAUGAGCUGGAGAAGAUGUCUGUGGGGUCGGCCAAUCACCCCCACGGCUGCGCCGGGGCGUGCAAGUACUUCCGCAAGCCCCGCGGCUGCAAGGACGGGGCGGCUUGCAACCGCUGCCACGCGUGCGAGUGGCACGCGCCUCCCAGGCGCGGGGCGCAGGCGACCGCGGCCGCCACCAAGGACGCGGUAGAGGAGGCCUUGUUGGACGCGCAGCCGUAGUUCUCAAGGCAUGGGUGGAGGCUGCAGGCUGGAGGCGCAGCGUAGUUCUCAAGGCGUGGGCCGUGCGCGAGGGUCGCGCUCGAGGCCAUCGUUCCACUGGCUCGGAGGAGUCGGCGGCCAUACCCAGACCCCCCUUUACGUCGUGAAAAGAGCACGACGGACGGCUUUGUAUAUUCUCUGCCUCUGGGGCCCUCGCCAGGCCUUGGGAGCGCCCAAAAACGAC